UGAUGCCCUCAAACCUUUAUUCCCAAAAUUGGGGGCUGUGACUGGUGGGUGGCUGCUAUACAAAUCUGCAGGUGGAUGGGGUAGCCAAAAACUCUCUCUUGUGGCUCCUGAUGACACUGGCUAUACAGGCAUGAUCUUGAAGUCUGUAAGUCGUGGGGCUAAAAAUCUAUUCAUAGCCCCAAUUCAAGAGGAACUCAGCACAAAUCCCCUACCACUGACUGAUGAAGCAUUCAGUAGCAUGCCAAAAGCCACAUGUCAGACGUGUGGAGUUGCAGUUCCUGUUCCACUCCUGACGGAACACAUCAAGUCUUGUGGUGUCAUGUAUGUUGGCAGUGAUGAUAACCUGGCUGAUGUGGAAAGCAGUGAGCCUGAAGACAGGAAAUCAGAUAUGCACGAAUGUCCUGUCUGCACAGAAAUGUUUACUACUGACUUUAUUGAGGUACACGCUUCUUCAUGUGUGGAAAGGGCAGGAAAAGAGGUGUGCAAUGAAAGCAUUGUAAUUGAGGAAGAGCAAGCGGCAAUGCCUGGACCAUCCGGAACUUGUGCAACUGCUACAGAUGACUGGUUAACUAUCAGUGACCCCACCAAGGCCAUAUCUCAGUGUGCUGACAGUUUUCUGCGUAUUCAUCAAACUGAGAGCCCCUUACUUCUCAGCAUGGACAUCAGAAAAAGCCCUGCUGAACAGGACAUGGCACUAAUCUCCUUCUACAAGCGAAAUCAUGUGGAAUGGGGACGGCCUCUGAAUUGCAAACUUGAAGGAGAUACUGCUAUUGGACAGGGUGUAACUCGCUUCUUUUUCUCAACAUGCAUGGAAAAAUUGAAGUCAGGGUUUUCCAUCAAUUUUGCAAACUCAAAUGUUACGCGGCUUUUGGAAGGAGAGACUGGCCAUUUGGUUCCCUCAGCCUCUCACUUUCUUGUUGAAAGUGAUAUGUUCAUGGUGGCGGGGAGAAUGGUAGGCCACUCCUUUCUACAUGGCGGACCAUGCCUGUUGGGAAUCAGCCCUGCAGUGAUUCAUGUCCUACUUGGUGGAAGUCCUGAAACUGCAACUGUUACACUUGAAGACUGUCCAGACCUGGAUAUCAGAGAAACAAUCGGACUUCUUGAAGGGGAAUCCAUACUGUCAGAUAAGGAUAAACAGCGGGUCCAGGACUUGGCCCAUGCCUGGGACCUCCCUUGGCUAACUGAGCAAAACAGGAGAUGGCUUUUUGAAAAGCUUUUGAUUCAUGCUGUAAUAGGACGUGUCACAAGGCAAAUUAAGCAGCUGAGACGAGGUCUUAAAGAAACCCCAAUGUGGACACUGUUGACCCAAAGACCAGACACAGUGGCUUUGCUUUUUCCUGAAGAGGGAGCAGGAAAUUUCAGCCCUGAGGUGCUUCUUCAUCGACUCACAUGGCCUUGUGAGGAUAGUGACGAUGAUGACGAUUGUUCAGUUGACACCAAAUGCCGCAUAUCGGGCUAUCUUCGACAGUUCAUUGCUAAUGCAACACCAACUGAACUGACCAACCUGGUAAAAUUCUGGACCGGAUGGGAGAUCCUACCACCAAGUCUCUCUGUAGAAGUGGUCGAGGGCAGAUACCCCACAGCCUCCACUUGCUUUGAGACCCUGCGCAUCCCAGGGCAUUACAAGGAUUACACAUCUUUUAAAUGUGACAUCCUGGCCUGUAUUUACAGUUGCCAUACAGGAUUUGGUCUUGUGUGAGACAUUUGGCCUGUAGCCUUGUAAGACAAGAUUGGAUGUUAAAAUGCUUGUUAGUUCUGUUAAAAGAACUGUUGGAUGUUAAAAUGCUUGUUAGUUCUGUUAAAAGAACUGUUGGAUGUUAAAAUGCUUGUUAGUUCUGUUAAAAGAACUGUUGGAUGUUAAAAUGCUUGUUAGUUCUGUUAAAAGAACUGUUGGAUGUUAAAAUGCUUGUUAGUUCUGUUAAAAGAACUGUUGGAUGUUAAAAUGCUUGUUAGUUCUGUUAAAAGACCUGUUGUAAAAAACUCAGCACUCUAAAAGAAAACGUUGUGCAAGUUAAUGUAUUAAAUAUUUUCUCACUGUUACGGUACUUUGCAGUAACCUUUGCCAAUAAAUGGUCAAUUCAUAAGGUAAA